AUUCUCUCCUACGUGCACAGUGAAUGCAAUAGGUGAAGUGCUGUUCAUACAAACCUAUGUGGUGACGUCAGCCAGUUUCCGCUGUCAUUCCCCUCCGUGCCUCUCCGCUAUCAGAAUAGCUGCGUGAACAAAAGUGUCGAUUGAGCCACCCAUUAGGAUUUAAACUUUACUUUUGGCCAAAUAACUCGAAGAAUGGAGUUAGACUUAUGGAAUUAAAGCUGGGCGCCCUUGCAAUGGAGGUUUUGUUGCUGAAAUUACUGCUUUACAGUUGCCUGUUCGUGGUCCAUGGUUCCCCCUUGCUGCUCUUUGCCAACCGGCGAGAUGUGCGUCUGGUGGAUGCGGAGGGCCCUCGAGCUGAAUCGGCGGUGGUGGUCAGUGACUUGGAGGACGCGGCGGCCGUGGACUUCCUCUACUCUGAGGGUCUGAUCUUCUGGACAGAUGUCAGCGAGGAGGCCAUCAAGCAGACCUACUACAACCAAUCUAGCAACUCAGUAAAAGAAGCAACGUUGGGCACUGGUCAAAAGGUGGUGGUGUCAGGUCUUGAAUCCCCCGAUGGACUGGCAUGCGAUUGGCUGGGACGUAAACUCUACUGGACGGACUCUGAGACCAACCGCAUUGAGGUGGCGAACCUGGACGGGACGUCGCGGAAGGUGUUGUUUUGGCAGGACCUGGACCAGCCCAGGGCCAUCGCACUGGACCCAGCCCACCGGUACAUGUACUGGACAGAUUGGGGGGAGGAGCCUCGCAUUGAAAGGGCGGGCAUGGACGGCAGCAGCAGGAAGAUCAUCGUUGAGGUGGACAUCUAUUGGCCCAACGGCCUCACCAUCGACCUGGACGAGCAGAAGCUCUACUGGGCCGACGCCAAGCUCAGCUUCAUCCACCGGGCCAACCUGGACGGCUCUGCACGGGAGACUGUGGUGGAGGGCACCCUGACCCAUCCCUUUGCCCUCACCCUCUCCGAUGAGACGCUGUACUGGACGGACUGGCAGACGCGCUCCAUCCACGCCUGUAACAAGCACUCCGGGGACAAGAGGAGAGAGAUACUCAGUGGCAUUCACUCACCCAUGGACAUCCAGGUCCUUUCCCAACAAAGACAGCCAAACUUUCAAACCCCGUGCAGUAAUGGGAACGGUGGCUGCUCCCACCUCUGCCUGCUGUCCCCCUUGCCGCCGUUUCACAGCUGUGCCUGCCCCACGGGAGUCAAGCUCAAGGAGGACGGCAAGACGUGUCGACCAGGAGCUGAGGAAGUCCUGCUGUUGGCGCGCCGCACAGACCUGCGGCGGAUCUCUCUGGAUCUGCCCGACUUCACUGACAUCGUGCUGCAGGUCAGUGACAUCCGCCACGCCAUCGCCAUCGACUACGACCCUGUGGACGGCCACGUGUACUGGACGGACGACGAGGUCAAGGCCAUCCGCCGGUCCCGCAUAGAUGGCAGUGAGGCCCAGACGUUGGUGACCACGGAGGUCAACCACCCUGAUGGGAUCGCGGUGGAUUGGGUGGCCCGCAACCUUUAUUGGACAGACACGGGCACGGACCGGAUUGAGGUGACCCGGCUCAAUGGGUCGUCGCGACGCAUUCUGAUCUCCGAGAACCUGGUGGAACCACGGGCCAUCGUGCUAGACCCUGUCAAUGGUUACAUGUACUGGACCGACUGGGGUGAGCUGCCCAAAAUUGAACGAGCAAAUCUUGAUGGAAGCGACCGUUUCAUCCUUCUAAAUACCUCCUUGGGGUGGCCCAACGGUCUGGCUAUCGACCACGCUGCAGGAAAGCUGUACUGGGGUGAUGCAAAGACCGAUAAAAUUGAGGUGAUCAACAUCGAUGGCACGGGGAGGAUGACUCUGCUGGAGGACAAGCUGCCGCACAUCUUCGGCUUCACGCUGCUCGGCGACUUCAUCUACUGGACGGACUGGCAGAGGCGGAGCAUCGAGCGGGUCAACAAGCACACCGCUGAGCGGGAGAUCAUCAUCGACCAGCUGCCCGACCUCAUGGGCCUCAAGGCCACCAAAGUCACUGAAACCUUUGGAACAAAUGGCUGUGCGGACACCAACGGCGGCUGCAGCCACCUUUGUUUCCACCGGCCGCAGGGCCUGCGCUGCGCCUGCCCCAUGGGCCUGGAGCUGCUGAGCGACCUGCGCACCUGCGUGGUGCCCGAGGCCUUCCUGCUCUUCACCAACCGCGCAGACAUCCGCAGCAUCUCCCUGGGCACCAACAGCCACGACGUGGCCAUCCCCCUCACGGGCGUCAAGGAGGCCUCCGCCCUGGACUUCGACGUGCUCGAGAACCGCAUCUACUGGACCGAUGUCAGCACGAAGACCAUAAGCCGAGCCUUCAUGAACGGCUCCUCGGUGGAACACGUGAUUGAGUUCGGUUUGGACUACCCGGAGGGCAUGGCCGUGGACUGGAUGGGCCGUAAUGUCUACUGGGCGGACACCGGCACCAACCGCAUCGAGGUGGCCCGCCUCGAUGGCCAGUACCGGCAGGUUCUGGUCUGCAAAGAUUUAGACAACCCACGUUCCCUAGCCCUCGACCCAGCUAAUGGCUACAUGUACUGGACAGAGUGGGGUGGCAGGCCCAGGAUCGCCAGGGCGCACAUGGAUGGGAGCAACAUCAUGACCCUGGUGGAGAAGGUGGGCCGCGCCAAUGGCCUCACUAUCGACUACAUCGACCAGCGGCUCUACUGGACUGACCUGGACACGUGCAUGAUUGAGUCCAGUAACAUGCAAGGUCAGGACAGGGAGAUCGUGGCCGAUGACCUGCCCCAUCCCUUCGGCCUGACGCAGUACAGCGACUACAUCUACUGGACGGACUGGAACCUGCGCAGCAUCGAGCGGGCGGACAAGCGCAGCGGCCUGAACCGCACGGUGGUGCAGCACCACCUGGAGUACGGCAUGGACAUCCGGGUGUUCCACUCCUCGCGGCAGGACGGCUCCAACGAGUGCUCGCAGAACAACGGCCUCUGCUCCCACCUGUGCCUAGCCUCGCCCUCCGGGGCGCAGUGCCGCUGUGCCUCCCACUACACGCUCGACUCCAACGGACGCAACUGCACUUCUCCCUCCAGCUUCCUGCUGUUCAGCCAGAAGGCCUCCAUCAGCCGCAUGGUGCUGGGGGAGCAGAGCCCAGACAUCAUCCUGCCCAUCCAUGUGCAGCGCAGCGUCCGUGCCAUCAGCUACGACCCACUGGAGUACCUCGUGUACUGGGUGGAUGGCCGCGGGAACAUUAGACGGGCACGCGAUGACGGAACCCAGUCGUUCUCCGUGGUGUCCACCACUCCCGUCUCCCACCAGUUGGACAUAGUCAAGUUACCCCACGAUCUGAGCCUGGACCCUUACAGCCGCACGGUGUACUGGACCUGCGAGACCACCAACACUAUCAACAUCCACCGGAUGGACGGACGCUCCGUGGGCGUGGUCAUCCGAGACGACGUGGACAAGCCCCGCGCCAUCGUGGUCAACGCUGAGAAAGGGUACAUGUACUUCACCACAGUGCAGGAUCGCUCGGCCAAAAUUGAGGGUGCGUCUCUGGACGGCACAGAGCGAGAGUCCCUUUUCACCACCAGCCUGAUCAGGCCAGUGGCCCUGGCCCUCGACAACAAGCUGGGCAAGCUCUUCUGGGUGGACGCCGACCUGAAGCGCAUCGAAAGCAGCGACCUCUCGGGUGCCAAUCGGAUUGUUCUUCAGGACAACAUCUUGCAGCCUGUGGGUCUGACCGUGCUGGGCGACCACCUGUACUGGAUCGACAGACAGCAGCAGAUGAUCGAGUGCAUCGACAAGCUGACGGGAGAAAAGCGCACACGCAUCCAGGGCCGCAUUGUCUACCUGACCGGCAUUCACGCCGUGGAGGACAUGGACCCAAAUGAGCUCGCGGUCCACCCGUGUUCCCGUGAUAAUGGUGGCUGUUCCCACAUCUGUAUCACCAAGGGUGACGGAACGCCACGUUGCUCCUGCCCCAUGCAUCUGGUGCUGCUGCAGAACCUCCUCUCCUGUGGAGAGCCCCCCACCUGCUCCUCGGAGCAGUUCACCUGUGCCACCGGAGACAUCGACUGCAUCCCCAUGGCGUGGCGCUGCGACGGCUUUGCUGAGUGCGACGACAGCAGCGACGAGGAGAACUGCCCCGUCUGCUCGUCCCUCCAGUUCCAGUGCGACAAGGGCCAGUGCAUCAGCGCCCAGCUGCGCUGCAACGGCGAGCCCGACUGCGCAGACAACUCUGACGAGCAGGACUGUGAAACCAUCUGCCGGCCAAACCAGUUCCGCUGCAGCAACAGUCUGUGCAUUCUUAAGAAGCAGCAGUGCGACUCCUACUCAGACUGCGCUGACAACUCAGACGAGAUGUACUGCGAUUCAGAUUUCAUGCCCCCUCCCGGUGAGGGCCUUCCUACCCAUACCAGCACGGUCGUGCCCGUCAUCUGCAUCAUCUUGUCCGUGUUCGUGAUGGGUGGCAUGUAUUUCGUGUGCCAGCGCAUGGUGUGCCGCUGCUACAAGGGGCCCAACGGGGCCUUCCCUCACGAGUACAUCAGCGGCACGCCCCAUGUGCCACUCAACUUCAUCGCCCCCAGCAACUCCCAGCACGGCACCUUCACAGGUAAAGGGAUCUCCUGUGGGAAGUCAAUGAUGAGCUCAGUGAGCCUGAUGGGCAGCAGCAGCAGUGGUGCCCCCCUCUACGACAGGAACCAUGUCACAGGGGCCUCUUCCAGCAGUUCCUCUAGCACCAAAGGAGUUUUCUACCCUCAGAUUCUCAACCCGCCUCCCUCGCCAGCCACAGACCGCUCACUUUACAACGCUGAGAUCUUCUAUUCUUCAAACAGUCCCUCCACAACCAGGUCUUACAGACCCUACAUGAUGCGAGGCAUGGCCCCACCCACGACGCCGUGCAGCACGGACGUGUGCGACAGCGACUACACAACCAGCCGCUGGAAGAGCAACAAAUACUACAUGGACCUCAACUCAGACUCUGACCCCUACCCCCCGCCCCCCACGCCGCGCAGCCAGUACCUGUCUGCGGAGGAGAGCUGCCCCCCGUCGCCCUCCACCGAGCGCAGCUACUUCCACCUCUGCCCCCCUCCACCCUCACCCUGCACAGACUCCUCGUGACACCCAGCCAAGGGGGGGCAGGGAGGGAACUGAACAAAUUAAUUUACCAACUAACAAAGCCAUCACUCUGUAAAUAGUUUUUAUUUUUUGGACAGGAAGUAGAGGAGAGAGAGAAAGAGUUCCCAUCUGACUCCUGCGGUCUCGCUCUUGUUGUGGGUGUGUGAACAUUGAGAGAGGGACAUGGACAGUUUAUGGGUGGAACUGGGGGAGUGUUGCAGGAGAGCCCAGAAUACAGCAAUUAGAAAAUCAAUACGUUCUACUGAAUAAUAUGGACCUAUUUAUUAAUUUUUGGCUUCAAUCAAUUCAAGAAAAAAGGGGAAAUAAUUAGAUACAUUUUGUCAGUGAAUUCCACUAAAUUUGGCUUUCUUAAAACUGGACAACAGUCAAGCCUAGUAAUAUAACAAGGUCUCUACUUAUAGAAAUACUUGUUAUUCAGAUAUUAAAUUAUUCUUCAACUGGCCAAAUUAAUCUAAAAUACCAAAAUGAUUUAAAAAAUAUUGUAAAUAUAUGUAAUUAAGUAUAUAAUAUUUUUUGUUAUGGCCACAGGAAUUUGUUUUGGUAUGUGAAUAUAAAAUGUACCCAAGCAUAUGUUUGGUUUUAUUGAGUUUACCAAAAGUGUGUUUGCUGCUAUUGUACAUAUAUCCUAUGAAUAGUGAUUACAACAAUUGUCAAAAACAUUGCUUCUGCAUUUGAGAAUAGAUAUGAUAAUGAAAAUUGGUAAGUGUAAUGUUAUUAAUCUCAUAUUUCAGAUUUGGGUUGUAUAGAUCAUAUGAGUACACAUGUGAAUAACUUUCUUACUUUGAAGGAGUCCAAAUGAUGGUUCUGAAAGGAUCUCGGUUCUGACAUGGCAGAGAUCAGCCAUCACUGUGUUUUAGCAUUCAUGUUUUUAGCUGUAUGUAUUUGCCCCAGAGUUAGUCGUUAGGAAAUGUCUCCACAGCAAGCUUGUCAUCUGAUAGCAUUUGUUUUUAGAUACUCAGAUGCACCAUUUUAUUGAGCCCUUCAUUGAAAUUUGAGAGAGAUGAAGGAGUUUGCACUGAUGCAAUUAAUUCAUUUUAUUGUCAUCAGGCAAAUUCAGUUAACAAAAAAAAAUGUUUUAGUAGAGAAAACAGUGCUACUUUAUCAUGCAGGAUUUGAAUGGUUGUUACUCCCUUAGUGGAUUACAAUCCUGACCGUUUAUGUGGUUAAGUAGACCAAGUCAAGAAAUUGCUCACAAUAUGUAAGUGUAUUGAACCUGGAAAGGAUGACUCAACUGAACCUAAGCUAAUUGUCUGUCCACAAUAAGCCAGUAAUUGUAGAUGUUGCUAUGAGUUGUCCAGCCUUAAUGUCUCAUUUCUCUGUGUGGCCAAAUCUUCAUGUAUGAAGAGAGAGGGAGGCAGAUGUUUCCCAGUUUUAAAUGGUCUAAAAAGAGCAUGUUUGUGUAUCUCGUCCAUGUCUGGCUUAAGCCCUCAUGUGUUAUUUUUGCUAUUCAAAUUGAGAAUGUGCUGUGUGAUGCACAGUUUAAGUGUUUCCAUUGUAAACUCCAGCUUUCAGGUGGGGCAUGUGAUCAAGCAUGUUCAGCCAAAACUAAGCACUUACAAAAAAGAGAAAGCGUCCUUUGCGGUCAUUUUUGAUUGUAGAUGUGUGUGUGUGUGUGUGUGUGUGUGUGUGUGUGUGUGUGUGUGUGUGUGAGAGAAUGUGAAUGUGUGUAUAUUUUGGAAGAGCCAUGUAAAAUGUUCCUCUAACCAGACCUCUAUUUUAGCUGAAGCUUCUUUGCUUCUUUUAGCUAUGACUAAUAAUUUCACUUGUGCAAGUAUCCAAUAAAGACAUAGAUCUGUGCUGCUUAUGGGGAAGACAGUACAAAUAAAGGAAAGAAAGGAGUUCUUUCUGUUCAUCGUUUGUGAUGAAUACUGAGGUAAAAAAAAAAAAAGAAUAAUGGAAGUAAAAGAUGUUCUUAUGCUGCUCGUAGUGAUAUCAGCAACCUGUUCAAAUGGAUUUUUCUCAAAAAAAUGUGAUGUUGUCAGCCUGUACAUGGAUUUCAGCCACCACUCUUGCCUGUGGCCUAGUCUGUGAGGAUGGUCUGGGGUCAGCAGAAGCAUGUCUAGCGUGUGAAGGGGGUACCUCAACCUUGCUAUUCUGAAAUGGACCUCUAUCAACUAACCAGUGGGACACAUUUCACCCCCCAACGCAUCAACGUUCUGUGUCUUGGUCUUUGUACAGAUGCCUCAUAUAGAUUACUCUCGUGACAAUUUUUGUAUCAAAAGCAUUUUUAUAUAUUAAAGGUUCUAUUUUAAAGAA